AUGAGAGAGAUAAGCCAGUCAAGUGACUCUGAAUUUCUCCUCCUGGUACUCUCCAGGCAGCCCCAGCAGCAGCUGCUCCUCUUUGCACUCUUCCUGAACAUGCACUUGGCCACAGUCCUGGGAAACCUGCUCAUCAUCCUGGCCGUCAGCACAGAUGCCCAUCUGCACCCUAUGUACUUCUUCCUCAGCAGCCUGUCCUUUGUGGACAUCUGCUUCUUCUCCAGCACUAUCCCCAAGAUGCUGGCCAAUCAUGCACUUGGGAGCCACACCAUCUCCUUCCCUGGGCGUCUCUCACAGAUGGAUUUUGUUUCCAUGUUCACAGACAUGGACAAUUUCCUCCUGGCUGUGAUGGCAUAUGACCAUUUUGUCGUCGUGUGCCACCCCUUACAUUACACAGCAAAGAUGACCCAUCAGCUCUGUGUCCUGCUGGUGGUUAGAUCAGAGUUGGUUGCCAACCUGAAUGCUCUGCUGCAUACACUGCUGAUGACUCAACUCUCAUUCUGUGCAGACAGUGCCAUCCCCCACUUCUUCUGUGACGUGACUCCCCUCCUGAAGUUCUCCUGCUCAGAUAUGCACAUCAAGGAGAUGAUGAUUCUCACCGAGGAUGCCCUGAUCAUGAUCACCCCAUUUUUCUACAUCCUGGCUUCCUACAUACAAAUCACCUGUGCUGUCCUGGGGGUCCCAUUCCCAAGGGGAAGGUGGAGAGCUUUCUCUACCUGUGGUUCCCACCUAGCUGUGGUUUUCCUCUUCUAUGGCACCAACAUAUCUCUGUUUAACACCUCAUCCUCCCACUCAGCUGACAAAGAUAUAGCAGCUGCUGUGAAGUUCACAGUGGUGACUCCCAUGCUAAACCCUUUCACCUACAGCUUGAGGAACAAGGACAUAAAAGGGGCUCUUGGGAAAAUGACUGGUAGGAAGACUUGCUCUUACUGA